GGUGAUAAAAUCGUAAUGCCGCCCUCAGCCCUCGACCGCCUAGUGUCAAAUUUACAGGUCGAUUACCCCAUGUUGUUUGAACUCAGCAAUCCUGGUGAUUCUGGACGAAUCGCUCACUGUGGGGUGUCGGAAUUUAUCGCUGAUGAGGGCCAAAUGUAUUUACCAUACUGGAUGAUGAAGAAGCUGCUUUUACAAGAAGGCGAUAUUGUUCGGGUGAAAAACAACAGCCUUGUGAAGGGAACAUACAUGAAGUUGCAGCCUCACACCAUGAAUUUUCUUGACAUAUCAGACCUGAAAGCUGUUUUGGAGACUGCUUUGAGGAGAUACUCGUGUUUAGCCACUGGUGACAUUAUCAUGGUUCCUUAUAACAAUAAGGAGUACUACAUUGAUGUAAUCGAAACAAAGCCUUCCCCUGCAAUCUGUAUAAUUGAUACCAACUGCGAGGUUGAUUUUGCCCCUCCCCUUGAUUAUGUGGAGCCUCAAAAGCCAGCAAUGCCAUCUACUCAGUCUAAGAAGAGACCAAGAGAAGCCGAAAAGGAAGAAGAACCACCUGAGAAGAUUCCGAAAUUCAGCCCCUUUACUGGUUCAGUAAGAAGAUUGGAUGGAAAACCGGCAUUGGACCAACCAGUUGCACCGGUUUCCUCUCCCGGCAUUCUCAAGCAGAGCCAACUGGAGAGUGAGACUGGAACCAAGGGCUCUAUGUUAUCAACUUCUGCAUCAGCGCAUCGACCUAAUGGAAAGCUUGUGUUUGGUACAAAUGGUUUAAGUGCCAACCAUCCCACGAAUGAAACCCCAAAAUUUGUCCCACAGAAGAGCAGCCAAGAGCAGUCUCAGAAGGCCGAAAAGCCAAAGUUGCAAGCAUUCACAGGAAAGAAGUAUACACUGCAAGGAUGA